GCCCGCAGGGGGCGCCGGAGUGCAGGGGUCACUGGGAGGAAAUUACCGGCAGAGGAAACUGGCUGGAGGAAGGGGACUCCUGGGGGCUCCGGGAACGAAUGUAUGGGUAUCCCAAAGAGGAUUGCGCUUAGUCUCUACCCCAGGUGUCUGGUCUCGGAGAGGAAGGGACAGUGAGCAAAAGUGGACCUCUUCUAGAGGGGAGCAAGAUCGUGGGGACAAUCUUUUUUAGACUUUGUUGUUUUAAGUUUCUUCUUACAGUGCUUAAAAACGCAGGGCUCAUUGGGUUCCCUUUUCAGAAAGGUAGAGCCCGGCUCAGGAGAAUGGAAGGUGCCCAACAUUUGGGAAAAGAGAGGCAGCGUGAAAAGCUGACGCUAGAUCGGGUCAUGAGAUCGAGAGAAGAGAUUCAAGGACAAAAACUAAGGGAUGAGGACCCUAGAACUGCCAGAUAAACUCUCUAGUAGUAGAGACUCAUCUCCAGAAGGGGCCAGGCGCACGCUGGAUAGGGGGAAUUCGUGGAGUCAUCGUGGGGUUCCAAGUGAUAACUAAAAAAGGGAAGCGAAGUUGUUGAAAGGAGUCUAAAGUGAGAGGAGCGGAGAGGGUGCGGAAAAUGAGCCCGGAGGUGUCACGGGUGUUUUGCUUAGGGACGUAAAAGAGCGCGCGAGCGGGCAGGCGGAGUCCAGUAGAGGAAGCGAGCGAGUCCCCAAGAAAUCUAGAAUACCGGGUCAUUGGAAAAGUUAUAAAAGAGGGGAGACUGGCGUGGGAAGAUGGCCCCGCGAGGUGGGCGGGCGGGUGGAGUAGGGAUACCAUGCCAUCCAGGCGUGAGUGGUGAGCGCCCCUCGCCUGGGCGUGGAAGGGAGUGGCUGAGCCCCAGGAGUCGAGCCCUAGGGGAGCGGCUAAAAGUUGGGGGAGAGCCUGUCUGCAAAACCCAAAAGAGAAAACCGAGUCAGUAAGGGUGAGAAAGCUCCACGUGGGUGCCACGCGCGUGGGGAGGAGCCUGCCCUUCCUGAGAGGGUAAGAGGACCCCAUAGAGCUGAAUCCUGGCCGGCUGUACCCCUAGAGUCCCAGUUCCUCCUGGGGAGGCUGGGGAAAACCCAGCGUCCGGCCGCCUAGCCCUCCUCCCUUCCCUUUCCUUCCCGUGCCCGGGAGGGGGAGGCGCGCGGGGGGGGGGGGGGAUCGCGCGCGGAGCCUGGGGCGAGAUGAGGCAGGUCCGGAUCCCGCCCUCAGCCCUUCGUAGGCUGUUCUUCUCCCGCCCUCCUCACCCCAGCAGUGGGCGGGGACACUCACGGCCCCGCCCUGUCGGCACCCACGCCCGGGACCCAGGCACCUUGCAUGACCCUGCAGCUUUAGGGGAUAGUAGUCCCUCCGGGUUGCACAUUGCUGUACCCAGUUGUGGCUCCAGCCUAAUGACACCCCUCCCUGACCACUACUUAAAGUAACCGUUUCUGUGGAGAAGUCCUUCACUCUCCCCUGAGACUGUCCGUAUUUCCUCACAUACGCAUAUAGCUCUUCGGGAGUUUGCCUCCCCAUUUCCGUGUCUUCUCUCCCACGUACCUACUCAUCUCUAUGUCACUCCACCUCCCUCUGUGACACCCAUAGUCCUUCCUGCCCCCCCCCCACCUCUCCCCUAUCUGUUACCCCCAGCUAAGAUGCUACCCUUCCUUUGAGGUUUGCUGAGUAACAGCUGAACCAAGAAUAGGGCCACAAGGAAGAGGUGUCUUCUGCCCUUAAUAGCUGUCUGGGACAUCAUCCCGUCCUCGCAGCAGGAAGCCAAAUGCAGUUGUCCUAGCUGAUGCAGGAAUUCAGGAUCUUACCCCCUCGUGUCCCCAACCCAAACAUCCUCUAGCCUAGGAAGCCCUCUGGUGAAUGGGGCUCCCAUCAUUCGGUCAUUCUUACCUAGAAACGCCCUUCACUGUGAACUGUGCCAGAACUGGGCUAAAGGAGGAAGCAACUUUUGACACAGAUGAUACAUGGAUAAUAGUAACAUCACACUGGCCAGAAAGUAACAGGAGUUUAGGGAUUCAGAUCACGGUCUGCCAGGCAUAGUGGUCCAUGACUGUAAUCCCAGCACAAGGGAGGUAGAUUACUUCAAGACUAUCCUUGGAGCCUGGCGGUGGUGGCGCUCGCUUUUAAUCGAGAGUCAGAGGCAGGCAGAUUUAUGUGAGUUUGUGGCCAGCCUGGUCUACAAGAGUUCCAGGAUAGGCACCAAAGCUACAGAGAAACCCUGUCUUGGAAAAAAGAAAAAGAAAAAAGUCCUUGGAUACAUAAUGAGUUUGAGGAUAGCCUAAGCUAUGAGAUCCUGUCUCCAGAAACAAACAAAAAAUCAGUCCCUGGAGCCCGGUGGCUUGCGUCUUGCCUUGUUGUAAAGUAUCAGUGUUGCCUUGUUGUAAAGUAUCAAUGUCUUUUUCUCGUUAAAGUGCUUUAAGUGAUAUCCUUGCCAUUUGCUGUAUUUCCCUCACCCCUUUAGAAAAAAACAACAACAAAACAAAAACAGAAAAUAUGGUCUCAGUACAUACUUCCUCAAAAUACUCCUGCCUCGGCUUCCUCCGUGCUGGUUGCAGACUUGCACAGGCUAACAUACAUGUUAUUGAUGUGUGUGUCAUAUCUUUAGCUUUUGUCUCCCGUCUCAUCUGCUCCUGUAAUCCUGGAACUGGAUGGUGUUUUAGUUAAAGAGGAAUUUGAUCACCACAGGUUACACAGUGCUUCAGUUAGGACAGUCUGGGUUUGGGCGUCAGGACUUCAUGGUACCACUGUUUCUCCAAAGACUAACGGGAGACUGGCCCAGCCCUAAGGCACGUCCCUAGGGCCCACCACAAAGGGGCUGGUCCUGUGGUUCAGCGGUGUGGUUCAGCGGCUGAGCUGCUAGCCUAGAACCUGCCUGGGGAGGAGCUGUGGGUGUGGCUCAGUGCAUGAGCACCUGAGGCCAGCAGCUGAGAAGUGGCCGGGAGACUCUCUGAUCCCCCAAACUGUACCUGUGUCCUUUACACCACAACUUGGUUUUGUUGGGUUUGAGACAUUAGGUCUCCUGUAGCCUGGGUGGGCCAACCUUGGCAGCUAUAUGCUUGAAGGGAGCUUGACAGGUGAUGCUUCAUGGAAUGGGCAGGACUUAGUAGAGAGGAAGCAAACCCAGACAAGGAGAACCCCCCCCCCCAGUCAGCCAGCUAAAAUGAUCAGUGGGGGCUGGAGGGAUGGCUCAGCGGAGAAGAGCAUUGGUUGCUCUUCCAGAGGGUUGCCAGAGCCCGCAUGGCAGCUCACAGUCAGUGAGCUUCAGUUCUGGGGGAUUUUACAUCCUCUUCCGGCCUCCACAGGCACCAAGCAUGCACAUUGUACACAGACAGACACACACACAGCCAAAACACCCAGGUACAAAGCAUACAAUGAAAAGUUGAAAACUAAAGUUAUCAGGUGGACCUGGGGCUCUCAGGGUCAGGGUUCAUGGCUCAGAAGCCCUGUUCCUCCCAUCCUUGUCAUACACCUGAUGUCUUCUCCUUCUUCUCAUCUAGCAAUCUAUGAAAAAACCAAAGACAUCCCACACAGUGUAUAUAUGUUCUUCAAUACGUCAGACAUUCGUGAAGCAGUGCCUGAACCCCCACUGCUCUCCCGGGCAGAGCUGCGUCUGCAGAGAUUAAAGUCAAAAGUGGAACAACACGUGGAACUCUACCAGAAAUACAGCAACAAUUCCUGGCGUUACCUUAGUAACCGACUGCUGUCCCCCACCGAUACACCUGAGUGGUUGUCUUUUGAUGUUACCACAGUCGUCCGACAGUGGCUGAACCAAGGAGACGUAAUACAGGGCUUUCGCUUCAGCGCCCACUGCUCUUGUGACAGCAAAGAUAACGUACUCCACGUGGAAAUCAACGGGAUGAGUCCCAAACGUCGUGGUGACCUGGCCUCUAUUCACGACAUGAACCGACCCUUCCUGCUCCUCAUGGCCACCCCACUGGAGAGGGCCCAACACCUGCACAGCUCAAGGCACCGCAGAGCCCUGGAUACCAACUAUUGCUUCAGCUCCACCGAGAAGAACUGCUGUGUGCGACAGCUGUACAUUGACUUUCGGAAGGACUUGGGCUGGAAGUGGAUCCAUGAGCCCAAGGGCUACCAUGCCAACUUCUGUCUGGGGCCCUGUCCCUACAUUUGGAGCCUGGACACACAGUACAGCAAGGUUCUUGCCCUCUACAACCAGCACAAUCCGGGUGCUUCUGCGUCACCGUGCUGUGUGCCACAGGCGCUGGAGCCGCUGCCCAUCGUGUACUACGUGGGUCGCAAGCCCAAGGUGGAGCAGCUGUCCAACAUGAUUGUGCGCUCCUGCAAGUGCAGCUGAGGUCCCGCCCCGCCCCGCCCCUCCCGGCAGGCCCGGC